UUAAAAUUUUAAAAAAUGCUAAAUGUCAUCCGCCGUUUUGAGAAGGGUAUAUUCGUAAUUUUAAUGGGAAUUGAGUUUCUAGGGUUUUGGUAUAAGUAAUUAUCUUGAACAUCUGCUAUCGUCACUGGCACUGCGCAGCUCCAGUCCAACUUCAACAAUGGUUUUUAUCAAAGCACAGAAGUCAAGGGCAUACUUUAAGCGGUUCCAGGUCAAAUUUAAGAGAAGGAGAGAGGGGAAGACAGAUUACAGGGCUAGGAUUCGUCUAAUCAACCAAGACAAGAACAAGUACAAUACUCCAAAGUACAGAUUUGUUGUGCGAUUUUCCAACAAGGAUAUUGUUGCACAAAUAAUAUCGGCUAGUAUUACUGGAGAUAUGGUUCUCGCUACAGCGUAUGCCCAUGAAUUGCCUCAAUUUGGACUUCAAGUUGGUCUGACAAAUUAUGCUGCAGCCUAUUGCACUGGGCUUCUUCUGGCUCGCCGUGCCCUUAAAAAGCUUGAGAUGGAUGAUGACUAUGAAGGCAAUACAGAGGCUACUGGAGAGGAUUAUUCAGUUGAACCAUCAGAUACACGAAGGCCUUUCCGUUGUCUGCUUGAUGUUGGUCUACUUAGAACAACUACCGGAAAUCGUAUUUUUGGUGCUCUAAAGGGUGCUCUUGAUGGUGGGUUGGAUAUUCCUCACAGUGACAAGAGGUUUGCUGGUUUCUCAAAGGAUUCUAAGCAACUUGAUGCAGAAAUUCACAGGAAAUAUAUUUAUGGAGGCCAUGUGUCAUCAUACAUGACGACUUUGAUGGAAGAUGAACCCGAAAAGUUCCAAUCACACUUCAGCAAGUAUAUUAAGAAUGGUCUUGAGGCGGAUGGCCUUGAGGAACUGUACAAGAAAGUCCAUGCUGCCAUUCGUGCUGAUCCAACUAUGAAGAAAUCUGAGAAACAGCAACCCAAGAAACAUAAGAGGUACAACUUGAAGAAGCUCACUUAUGAAGAGAGGAAGGCUAAGUUGAUUGAACGUUUAAAUGCUCUGAAUGCUGCUGCUGGGGUUGAUGAAGAUGAUGAGGAAGAUGACGAGUAAACACUUGUAGGGGAUGACUUGAAAAUUUACUUGUAUUUUCAAAAUAGUGAUAUCUACUGUUUUAUCUAUGCUGCCAAUUUUGGGGAUUUUGUUUCCAUCAUUUUCAUAGCUUUAGUCGAUUUUUGAGGUUGAGAAGCGCCUGAAUUCAUGUUCGUUAUGAGCAAAUUAUAUUGCAUUAUUUAUGGUGUUAUAAUUUUGAAUUCAUUUCAA